GGCAGGAGAGGAAAUAGGAAGCGCUGCUGACGCUACCGCCGCCGCUCUCGGGUUGCCGGCUCAAGUUCUUCCUCUAGGUCCUCCGAGCGCGCCGGCCGUCUCCGGCCUUGCCCCUCUCUCUCUCCCGUCGCCUCUCUCUUCUCCUCCCCUCUUGCUCUUUCCCCCACCCCCAACCCCUUCCCCUCCCAUCCAUUCGUCCUUCUCCCCUUCGCCAUGUCCACCCGCUCCUGCCGGGAAAAGGCGCAGAAGCAGAACGAGCAGCACCAGGCCAUCCUGGCCAAGCUCUUGCGAGAGGAGGACAACAAGUACUGCGCGGACUGCGAGGCCAAAGGUCCACGAUGGGCUUCCUGGAAUACAGGUGUCUUUAUUUGUAUCAGAUGUGCUGGAAUACAUCGAAAUCUGGGAGUGCAUAUAUCCAGAGUCAAGUCUGUCAAUUUGGACCAAUGGACACCAGAACAAAUACAGUGCAUGCAAGAGAUGGGAAAUACCAAGGCAAGAUUACUAUAUGAAGCUAAUUUACCAGAGAACUUUCGAAGACCUCAAACAGAUCAAGCUGUGGAGUUUUUUAUCAGGGAUAAAUAUGAGAAGAAAAAAUACUAUGACAAAAAUGCAACUCAUGUCACCAGUAUGUCUUCCUCUGAUGCUGCUCAACCUCAAACAUCUUCUCCUUCUCUGCAAGCUGCCUCUGAGCAAAGCAAACUGGAGAAGGAAAAAGAAAAGAAGAAAGAAGAGAGAAAAAGGGACAAAGAACCAGAAAAACCUUUGAAAAACUUAGGAAUUGAAAAACCUCAGAAAAAAGAAGAUCAGCAACUUGAGCUUAAAACAAGUCCUAAGAAAGUACCAGAAUCAACUGUUGAUCUUCUGGGGCUUGAUGGUCCUGCUGACUCCUCUGUUACAAAUGGAAGUACCAUCGCUCCUGCCUCAGUUCUGAAUGAUGAUGAUCUGGAUAUAUUUGGCCCAAUGAUCUCUAAUCCUUUGCCAGCCGCAUCUAUACCAUCUGCCCAGAAUGCUUCCACCAACCCAGCGGCUGCCACGUUAUCUGCUGCAUCUGGAGAUCUUGAUCUGUUUACUGAACAAACAAAAUCGGAAGAGUCAACAAAGAAACCACUCUCCAAGGAUUCCAUCUUGUCCCUGUAUGGCACGGGCACUCUUCCCCAGCAGAAUGUCCCAGGAGUCUUCAUGGGGGCCCAGCCGCUGCCCUUUGCUGCCCAGCCCUCGGCUCAUUUUCCAGCAUUUCCAGCCAUGGGAGGCCCUGUGCCCGUGCCUGUACCGGUGCCAACAGCCCCAGCAAUGAUGGGAAACAUGAUGGCCCCACCAGUGCCUGUAAUUGGACAGAAUGUAGGCAUGAUGGUAGGCAUGGGAAUGCCGAACGGCUUUUCAGUCACUACACAAACUGCUGGUUUGGGACUCCCUCAAAGCAUUGUCGGGUCCCAAGGAACAGUAUUGGGACAGAUACCCCAGCCACAGAAAUACGGCAUGCAGCCGCAAACACAGCAAACUCAGUGGAACCUUUCACAGAUGAAUCAGCAAAUGGCUGGAAUGACUCUGAAUAGUUCCAGUAAUAUGAUGGGCUUUGGCCAACCACCCAACACAGUGGCAGGAUGGACUGGAAGUUCCUCGGGCCAAACCCUCAGUACACAACUCUGGAAGUGAAAAGGCAAUAGAAGUUUUAAUCAGAGACCUGACAUUCCAUGUCCAAAUACAUCUAGUUUCCCUGUUCUAUCCAUGUACACUACCCCUUCCUCCAAUUUCAAACAUUCAUUUUAAAAGUAAUCUUAAUUGACCGUGUUGUGGUCUGUACUGACUUCAAUUCUGAUGUAGUGAAAAGCAAGUUGAAUACAUUGGCAGCUUUUUUCAUUCCACAAUAAGUUUUGAUUUUGCAAAUCUUACUUUUUCAGAAGAGCUACGUGACCAACUGCAUACUCGAAAUUAUUUUAUCUUAUAGAGCAAAUGUUUCCAUAUAAGGGAAAUAGGUAUCAUGUUAGUGCUAUCUCUAAAAUGUAAACUCCACCUUGCAAAUUACCCAGUAAUCCUGUAGAAGGUACUGUAUGAACCAAACGUUAAUUAUAUAAAUAAGAAUGUACCUUGUAUCAUUGAAAUAUACAUUUCCUUGUGUGAUAAUGAUUUUGUUUCAUCAUACAUUUCACUGUGAUAUUAUAAUGAUGUGAUGAACAGGAAAAAUGGUUCACAAGAGAGAGAUUAACCUGGACAGUCCUAUGGCUCCAUCAAUUUUCUUUCCACUGUUUGAGUUACCUGUAUCAAAAGAAGCUGAUCUGACCAACAGAGAUCUGUACAGGAUUAAUCAGCAGUGUACUGCACAGCAACUAUACAGGGUGACUCAAAUUGUAUAUUUAAUUUUGUCUUUGCAGUUGUAUCCAGGUUUCUGCCAGUAAAUUGUGUUUACAUUUUAUGGUGCCUCAUAUUGAUAAACGGUUGCUUCCCUAUAUUAAAGAAAUCCAUAAACAUUGUGUAAUUAUUUUAUUCUAUAAGAAUUGUGUCUAUUCUUUAAAAACAAUGCUUUUUAAAUUCAGGAAUAAACCUGGAAGCCAC